UCAAAAUGGCAGCCAUGUGGCGAAGUGUGUUUCGCGAAGGUUUAUAUGAAGGAAAAGUAGCCAUUGUUACUGGUGGAGCAACAGGUUUAGGAAAAGCAAUAGCUGCAGAACUACUUAGUCUAGGGAGCAAGGUUGUAAUAGCAUCAAGAAAUGAAGAAAGACUGACAAAAGCAGCCGUUGAACUCGAAUCUUGUAUCAAGCCGUCCAGCUCUGCUGAAGUCAAAGUGAUCCCUUGUAACAUAAGAAAAGAAGAUCAGGUAAAAGAUUUGAUGAGCAAAACUCUAUCUCAGUAUGGAAAGAUUGAUUUCCUGGUCAAUAAUGGUGGAGGUCAAUUCCGAGCUCCUGUGUCAGAGAUGUCACUGAAAGGAUGGAAUGCUGUGAUUGAAACUAAUCUGACUGGAACAUUCCUUUGCUGUAGAGAAGCUUAUCGACAGUACAUGUGCAAUAACGGAGGUGCCAUUGUAAAUAUGCUUAUUGACAUGUGGAAGGGAUAUCCAAUGAUGGCGCAUUCAGCAGCAGCCAGAGCUGGGAUCCACAAUCUGACUAUGAGUCUUGCCAUUGAAUGGAUUGCAUCUGGUSUACGAAUCAACAAUAUAGCCCCUGGUGUGAUUUAUUCUGAGACUGCUGCUGCUAACUACCCAGACAAAACUCUUUUUGAAAAAUUAGAGAGUGGUAUUCCACCCAAAAGAUGUGGAAAUCCUAAUGAGGUGUCUGGAGUAGUAUGCUUCCUUUUGUCUCCAGCAGCAUCAUACAUUACAGGUUCUACCGUCAAAAUAGAUGGUGGAUCAAGUUUUACCCUUUAUUCCAUGGAACUUCCAGAUCAUAAUGGUCUUCCAACCCGAGAAACACUGGAUUGUGAUGAAACUAAGAGCAAGCUGUAGAUAAAAUAUCAAGAUGAUGCUUUUUUAAUCUUCCUUAAAAUUAUCUUUAGUAGGGUCUAUUCACCUUGACUCUAAAGACUUCUUCCACUAAGGGGGGAGGGGUCACUAGUAAGUGUGCUUAUCACCUUGACUCUAAAGUCUACUCCUACUAA